AUGGUAGAGGACAUGCCAGGGAUUCCGACCGACCUGGCCGUCCACCACCUCAACGUGGAUCCCCGCUUCAAGUCGAUGAAUCAGAAGAAAAGGAAAUUCGCCCCAGAACGGAACGAGGUGAUCAGGAAGGAAGUCGACAAGUUGCUGGAAUCCAAGAUCAUCCUAGAGGUCUACUACCCGACCUGGUUAGCCAACCCGGUACUUGUUAAGAAGGAGGACCAGACCUGGAGAAUGUGUGUAGAUUUCACGGACCUCAACAAAGCCUGCCCGAAAGACUGCUUUCCUUUGCCGAGAAUCGACAGGUUAGUAGACUCCACUGUGGGUUUUGACGUUUUAUGUUUUUUGGAUGCCUUCAAGGGAUACCACCAGAUCGAGAUGGCCGAGGAGGACCGGGAGAAGACUUCCUUCAUCACUGAGGAAGGAACUUACUGCUAUCGGACCAUGCCGUUUGGGCUGAAAAACGCUGGGGCUACCUACCAGCGCCUGGUCAACAAAUUGUUUCAAAAUCAGAUCGGCAGGAGUAUGGAGGUCUACGUGGACGACAUAAUCGUCAAGAGCCGAACAGACCAGCAGCUCAUUCCUGAUCUGAGGGAGAUCUUGGACAUCUUGUGGGAGAGUAGGAUGCGGUUAAACCCGAAGAAAUGCACCUUCGGGGUCAGGUCGGGAAGGUUCCUGGGUUUUUUAGUUUCCCGAGAGGGGAUCCGGGCCAACCCGGAUAAGCUCCAGGCUAUCAUGGAAAUGGCCCCCCCCGAGGAGCGUGAAGGAGGUCCAGCGGCUCACAGGAAGGAUGGCCGCCUUGAACAGAUUCCUCUCGCGUUCCGCGAUCAGAGGUGGACUGAGGAGUGCCAAAAGGCUUUUGCCGACCUGAAGGCCUAUCUGGCCGAGCUUCCCACUCUGACUGCCCCGGAGCAGGGGGAAACCAUAUUCCUAUACCUGUCUGCUUGCAAUGAGGCCGUUAACGCGGUUUUGGUGCGGGAGGACGGGGGGGCUCAGAGACCGAUAUAUUAUGUCAGCCGAGCUCUACAAGGGCCGGAGACGCGGUACACGCCGGCUGAAAAGCUGGUCCUGGCCCUGGUGCACGCUGCUCGUAAGCUCCGACCUUACUUCCAGACCCACGGCAUCGUCGUCAUGACCGACCAGCCCCUACGGCAGAUACUCACCAGGCCCGAGGUUUCGGGCAGAAUGAUCAAGUGGACCGUCGAGCUGGCCGAGCACGACAUCGGCUAUCGGCCCCGCACAGCUAUUAAGACUCAGGCCUUGGCAGACUUACUCGCUGAGGGGGCUAGCUUGACCCUGACCGAGCAGAGCUCUCCUCCCAUUGAGGCACAGCCGGGAGAGUCUUGGAUACUGUUCGUGGACGGGGCUUCCAGCAAGGAGGGUAGCGGAGCCGGCCUGCUGCUCAUCUCGCCCACAGGGGAGGAGCUGACCUACGCUCUCCGGUUUGACUUUCCGGCGUCCAACAAUAAAGCUGAAUACGAAGCCCUGUUUAUCGGACUGCGGAUAGCCCACCAGAUGGGUAUAACCGCGAUUAAGGUCCGAAGUGAUUCCCAACUCGUAGUCCACCAAGUCCGCGGGGAAUACGAGGCUAAGGAGGACGUCAUGAAGAAGUACUUGACCAAGACUCAGGAGGUGAUAGCCCUGUUCGGUGCCUUCGAAAUCGAGCGGGUACCGAGAUCACAGAAUAAGCGUGCAGACGCUCUAUCAAAGCUGGCAUCCUCCUCAUUCGCCCACCUGAGCAAGGAAGUGCUGGUAGAAGUGGUCAAACACAAGAGCAUUGACCAGAUCCAGGUCUUGGCUAUAGACAGUCCGGCCUCCUGGAUGACUCCCAUCAUGGAUUUCCUCAACUCGGGCACACUCCCCGAAAGCAAGACUGAAGCUCGCCGACUCCAGCUCAGGACUGCCAGAUACACCUACGCCGGGGGAACCCUCUACAGGAGGUCAUAUCUGUCUCCCUGGCUAAAAUGCGUGACUCCCAAAGAGGGCGACUACGUCCUUCGUGAAAUUCACGAAGGCUUGUGUACCGCACAUGUGGGAUCCCGGGUACUGGCCAAGAAGUGCCUUCUCCUGGGCUACUAUUGGCCGUCAGUAUUCCAAGAUGCUGCGGCACUGGUUCAGAAAUGCCGAACUUGCCAAGUGCACGCCCCGCUGCGCCACCAGCCUGCUCGGGAAAUGUGGGUGAAAGUGGAGCCUCUGGCCACUAUCUCCGGAAAGGCAAUCCAGAAAUUCUUCUGGAAGAACAUAGUCUGCCGCUUCGGGAUUCCACAUGUCUUGAUAUUCGACAAUGGGCGCCAGUUCGCCGAGAACCCCUUCAGGAGCUGGUGCGCCGAGCUCGGGAUCAACCAACAUUUCACGUCGGUCGGCCACCCCCAAGCCAACGGCCAGGUGGAGAACGCCAACCGGACCAUUCUGCAGGGACUCAAGACUAGGUUGGAAGUAGCCCAGUCUAACUGGCUGGACGAACUCCCUAGCGUCCUCUGGGCUAACCGUACUACGUCCAGGACGGCCACCCAUGAGACUCCAUUCUCUCUGACCUAUGGGGUUGAGGCGGUGGUGCCAGCAGAGAUCGGUCUCCCCUCGCCUCGGACACAAAAUUUCAUCGCGCCAGCCAACGAAGAAGAGCUGAGGUAUGGCUUGGACAUGCUGGAGGCCAAGCGUGAGGAAGCGGCGAUACGAAUGGCUAAAUACAAGAGCCAGCUCGCCCGCUACCACAACGCGAAGGUCAGGAGCAUGCAGUACCAUCCGGGAAACCUGGUCUUAAGGAAGAACUCGAUCAGCCGAGCGCACAGCUCCAACAAACUGGACCCUACUUGGGAAGGGCCGUACCGAGUUCUCGAAGCAAGCAGAGCUGGUUACUGCAAACUCGCGAAACUAGAUGGAGCGGAGGGCAAUUUCCUUCGAGUUUCAUAUGUGCAUUCAAAGCCUAUCUAUUACAAAGCCUACCGAGCUACCAAAGGAGGGAUGCCACAGAGGAGGACCUGGCCGCGUAUAGCUCGGCCCCUCUUCUUCUUGCUGGUAACCUGCUUGGAGAAGAAACUGAAGGUACACCUUAAACAUGUUGAGACGCGUAUGGCGAAGGCCAUUCGGGAGAUAGCUGUGGAGGUCCUGAACCCCGGGGCAGGGAAACCUAUCCAUUUUUGGGAUGGACCUUCAAGAGCAUUUUCAACUGGAGCAUGGUCACAUCCUUAUAAGAAGAUGGAAAGGGUUUCUGGAGUGGUCGCUGUCUUCAUGAAGACACCCCCCUUUUGCAGUGGACUGCUGACAUGA